AUGGCAGGGGAGGCGGGCGUGGAGUUCCGCGCCGAGCGGGGGCACGUGGAGACCGAGCUGGAGGCGCUCACCAAAACGAUGAGCGGCCUGCAGUUGUUCAAAGAUAAGGACCUGAUGAGGGAGUGGGUAAUGCUGUGUGAGGACUCUAAAAAGCGACUUGAUGGCUUGAGGUAUUUCCGCCGGAUGCUGUGUGAAGGUACAUUCAGUUGUCGGCUUCUGUUGCCAUGA